GAAGAAAUCAGAGAGAAAAUACUAAAGUCCUAUAUAAUAAUGUACUAGUGUUGAUAUCAGAUAUUUUUUGCUAUUUGAUUCUUCUAGAGUAGAAAGCUUUCUCGGCACAAUUUCAACAAUACUAUUUUCAAGCUUUUCUCCAUCGAUAUUGUUGCGAUUAGAGUGUUCUAGAAGCCAACAUUGUUGAUCAACAUGAUAUUUGGUGAGACUUUGGAGAAUGGAGUUAAAGAUGAGUCUCAAAAAAAUUUUGACGAGAUUACCUCGACAAUGAAUAAUGUUGAGAGUUCUAAUUUCUACCACGUAAUGAAAAACAGCUUCCAAACGGAGAAGUAUGUUAAUCGCUUUUCACAUUCUCCUUUAAAGUUUCAGGUGGACAUAUAUGGUUUGGACAGUACAGAAUACAAUUUUGAUUCACAAUUUUAUCUAGCUGUAGUUCUCCAACUAAGACAGGAUUUUCCCCAAUUAAUUGGUGACAUUGAAAUAUGCAACAGUCUCAUUUCUUCAGCUGACAUUGCAGCUUUUGAGAAGCUAAAUCUCAAGGUUUUUAGCAUGAAUGACCAUAGUAGGAUGAAAGCCCAAAGACCAACGAUAUUCUACAUAACUGAUCUUGAUUAUGAUUUUAUUGGCAAUCUUUUGAGAGCAAACUGGUCCCCUGCUUGUCUAAAUGAAAGUAUUUGGAUGGCAUACUCAUUAGAAAAAACAUUCAAUUAUAUGAAACUUACAAAUCGGAAUAACCUUGAAACAAAGAUACGGUUAGAGAGAAUUCUUAAAUUCACAACAGAGGUUAGAAUAAAAACUUGGUCUGAGCAGACUAGUGAUUCGUUUAAAGGAUAUUCCUGGCAUUUCUUUGAGGUGGAUACCAUCACUGACAUCGACGUUGAGAAGCUGGAACAUUGUAGUGAUCUUAGGAAAAGGUAUGAGCUUGAUACUCCAACCGAUGAGAUUAAUGAGUCAGCAAAUGGAAAUGUAGGAGCACUGGUUGACAGGAUCAAAGAGCUGAAGCGGUAUGUCAAGAUGUCUCAGUUUUACAUUAGAAUGCUAUAUGAUCUCAAUGAGAAUAAGAUCAUGAAGGAACGAUUCGAAAAAGUUUUAGGCUCAGAUACGCAAGUUCCAGUGGUAAUAUACUGCCUGGGAAGUGUUGAAUAUGAUUUGAGUCCAAAGAUUCAACUGGCUCUAAUUCUGCAUCUGAAAGAAAACGUUGAGUGGAUUGGCAAUCUGGAAAUAUAUGAUCCAGUCAUGUCUGAGCUUGAUAAAUCGGCUUGCUAUGAACUAGGUCUUACGGUUCUAGAGUAUAACGAAGAUUGUAAGAGGAAAGCUCAGAGACCAACUAUGUUCUACAUGCCGUAUCCGUCCCAUUUUCUUAUUGGAAAUUUAUUGGGAGCAAACUGGUCUUCGCUUUGUCUUAGCCAUAUCAUACUGUUGACAUGCUCACUUCACGAAGAAUUCAAACAAGUGUCCCACGAUCUGUUGAAUAAUCAUGAAGCAAUGAUCCGAUUACAGAAGAUUUUAAGUUUCACAACAGAAUUCGACAUAAAAAUUACUCAAGAGGAAAUAGAUGAGCAAUUUCCACAAGUUGCGUGGCAUUUCUUUGGCGUGGAUGCAAACUUUGAUACAGAAAUUGGCCAGCCGGGGUAUUAUUCCUUCGAUAUGCAAAGGUAUGUUGAAACGAGAUUGUUGAGCUGCGGUAUGGAGAAUGAUAAGAUCAGUGAUUGGGUUAAAGAAGUUGUGGGUCAUUACCGCAUGCCCCAUCACGUUAGGUGUCAUUCUGUCGCUCUAUCUUCUGGUUGGAUUAAACUUAACAUACACGGCACUAGCAGAAAGGAGAAGCAGCCAGGUAAGUUUAGCGGUGUCUUCCGAGAUGCAGAAGGUCUUUGUUUAGGCAGUUACUCAGGUGUUUCUGAUGUCCAAGAAGAUGACGUGCUUGUUGAACUUGAGGCGUUGUUACGUGGGCUGGGAAAAUGCAUAGAAGGAGAGCCGAAAGCAAAAAGAUUGAUUGUGGAGUCGGACAAAACCAUGCUUGUCCUAUGUGUCAAUGGUCGCCUUGAGCCAAAUAGUUCAGAUAUGGAGCACAUGUUGGACGAAAUUUUGGAGUUGCAGAAAGUGAUCACAUGCGUACUCUACCAUGUCUCCGAAGAAGUCAGUGAAGCUGCUGGAGUGUGUUGAAAAGUAACCAACUUUGUGGCUUCUGCAAAGCUUGUCCUAUUCUUUGGAUUCGAAGGUUUUAUUUUUUUGACCAAGGUUUUAUAAAUACUUGUAUUUGAACAAACUUUUGUUCUUCAUCUUGUAGCUGUGAAUUGUGAUCUUUGGAUUUGAACCUACUUAAUCUUGUAUUCAUGUUCGAGCAUAGAUGUGAUAUUUGCAUCCUUUUCUCUCUUGUUUUAUUUGAGCAAGUUAUGUAUCACGAAUAAGUGCAUUGAAAUUGAAAUAGAGACUACUUAAUUGCACCAAUCUAGUAUAAAAUAAGCUCUCUAAUUUGCUGAUCAAAUGACACCAAAUUUGGAGU